AUGAAUGCCAGCUCAAUUGCCGAUGCUCUCUUCCUGGAGCCUCCCCAUUCACACGACCCCAGCAAUGUCUCACAUGUCGCGGCACUGCCAGCAUCAAUGCUCAUGCAACUGCCAGAGGCGGUGCAAGACGCCCUCUGGACUCUCCAAGAAUCUACCUCGAUUGUCUACGCCUCGUACCUCAGAUUACAAGAACUUCUAGACGAGCGGUUUGACCGAUUGAUUCCUCUACCAGGAAUGCCCGGGUCGUAUUCUGAAGGUGCAUUUUUCAACUACAUGAACGCGUUGUCCGCAGAACGGCGCUACCUGCUAGAAGACGCGCACCCGGAUUGGAAGCACAAGGCGUCGCGAGCCGGGCUGUCCCAAUACGGCGAGCUGCUACUCACCUGCCGGGGCAGGGAGAUGACGGUGCGGGAAUGGUUCGAGCAGCUGCAAAGGGCCGAGCAGCUCUGGAUCCAGGAGGCUAAAGACGCAGAGCUGCCCGACUUUGAAAGCACCGUGACCGAGUACCAGAUCUUGACGGAUUCGGAGAGCUCGACGCCGCCCAGCGAGGUGUCCGAGGACGAGGGGUCCAGAGGCUGGGAUGCUCGGCCGGCCCCAGCGACCCGAAAACCAAUGGCGGAUCUUAGGACCAAGAUGGGAGGAGGACACGAAAUAGGACCGGAGCGGAUCGCGAAGGCUCUAGAAGCGCUGUGA